AUGCAAUUCCCCACAUUAAUCGUCCUGUGCUUCUCAUUUUUCAUCUUGCAACUGGCACAUGCCACGCAAGGAAUGGAUAUGAUCACAAGAGGAAUGGAUAUGUUCAGGAUAAACCCCGCUCUCGAUUCGGCUGGCAGCUCUUCGUUCUCCACAUUCGAGGCACCGUUUAACCUUAAAUAUUGGAUCUCCCCAGUAGAAUCUUUAAAGGUCAGGGGUCAACUUUUAGAUUUCCUACAGCUUUGUGUAGAAUUUGAAGGACCUCGUCUAGAAUUAAAAACCAAAAACGAACCCGAGAAUGCAGAUCUGAAGACGCUCAUUACAUUCUACAGAGAAGUCGUCAUCGAGUGGAGAGCUUUGGACGAAAACGACCCGCGCAGUCUUUUCAUCCGACACAUGCGGGAUGAGAGAUUUGACCCUGAAUAUGCAGCUUACUUAAUACAAUUUGGUUUCAAGGGUGUUCUGCACAAUCAUCUGGCCACGGAUGAACAAGUCAAGGAAUGGCUUAAAAUACUUGCUUACACUUUACGCCAAGCUAGACACGCUCGCUCAGGUGUGGUAUCACACCUGGCCGUAUCUGCCUCGUAUGGCCUCCUCAGCCUUAAGUUGAGGUAUAGAAAUCUUCAAAGGCGUCUGCCUGAUAUCAAUGCAAUGCUUGAAUUUGUCAACGAUAUUCACGGAGUCAUAACUGUUGACGGAGCAAAAUGUUUAAGAUGGGAACGCGAAUUCAUUUUUCCGGGCCGAUUUGGAGAAGAGAUAAUUGAUCUAGAAAAGUUUAUGCAAAUCAUCAAGCUUGAUGAACACCUCGAAAAUGCAAUGUUCUCGCCCACGCCGGAGAAAGGUUGGAAUGAUCUCAAGACUCUCUGUGAAGAAUUUGGCUCUUCAUCGACUCAUAGGAGACUGGUGACCAUGGCUAUCUUCUAUCAUAAAUUCAAGGACCAUGGGGAUAACCAAGAUAAAAAUAGUUGA